AGCGCCGCGCGGCCGCCGCCUCCUCCGCCGCCGCCUGCUGCCGCUGCUCCUGCUCCCCGGUCCGUCCGUCUGUCUGUCCGGCCCGGCUCGGUUCGGCUCGGCCCGGCCCGCGCAGCCCCAGAGCGGCCCCGCUGUCCCCGCCCUCGCGUGUCCGCCCAGCCCGGCCCAGCCACAGCAUGAGCGGCCUCCGCGUUUACAGCACCUCGGUCACCGGUUCCCGGGAGAUCAAGUCCCAGCAGAGCGAGGUGACCCGCAUCCUGGAUGGGAAGCGGAUUCAGUACGAACUGGUGGAUAUCUCCCAGGACAACGCCCUCCGGGAGGAGAUGAGAACCCUGGCUGGGGACCCCAAGGCCAUCCCACCCCAGAUAUGCAAUGGGAACAAAUACUGUGGGGACUAUGAGCUCUUCGUGGAGGCUGUGGAGCAGGACACCCUGCAGGAGUUCCUGAAGCUGGACUGACCCCCCACCCCCAUAGACUCUGACCAACAUUCCCUCUCCCAGUCAUGAAGGAGCCUGGGACCAAUUUCUAUACCUGUACUGUAUUUCUGGGUUCCAGUUCCAGACCCCCAUACCGCUGAUCCUAGAUCCCAACUCCCCAUCCCUGACACUGGACCUAUGUGUCCUUGUAUUCUUCCCUUGCCCCUGACCCUGGCCUUUCCUGGUAUAACUCAACUUCUUUUCCCUUUCUAAUUCCAGGAUAUCUGCCAUUCCAUUCCCUUUAGGAUUCAUUCCAUGCCCAUCAGUCUUAAGAACUGCCCGAGGUAUCUGUGCUCUUCCCCUCCCCCUCAUUCCUCAGCCUGCACAGGGUCUCCAGGGAGGGAUCCUCCCUCCUGCUGCUACCCCUCCCAAAGGCGGCCAUCUGGUGACAAGCUGACAGUAGGGCCCAGCACCCUAUUGACCAGCCACAGGUCCUCUGGCCCUGAGGGGUGAUUAAAUGUUACCUUCCAGUUGGCUUGGA